AUGUCCGACUACAUGUUAUACCUGCUUUUCAUCCGCACCGAGAUGUUGACGCCCGGCACCAGACCGGGUCUCUUCACCGUCGCCAUAUAUGAUCUAGAGGAAAUCUUGAAGAACAGCAAGGCAAAGCUCCAGGAUGAAGAAGCACUUGCUCAAGAGAUUAUUCAACAGACGGCUGGGAGUACUCUGAUUCACAAAGCUUGCAGGCUCGCUAUGUCAUUGAUGGACCUGCAGGAAGAGGAGAUGUGGGAGAUAAUCCAGGGCGUGUGGGUGGAGAUGCUCUGCUACUCUGCGAGUAGAUGCAGAGGAUUCCUGCACGCCAAGAGCCUGGGUGAAGGCGGGGAAUACCUCUCCUAUGUGUGGCUCCUCUGGUCAUACAUGGGGAUGGAGACAUUGGCGGACAGGAUUCACAAGCCCGAGUCUCCAAAAGAAAAUGAGAUCCUUGUUGAGGACCAUGAAUUGGCUUCUUCGUCCCACGGUGGACUCAACCGCCAAACUUCAACAGCAGGUAAACCUAGCCCAGUGUGA